UGGGCACAGAUUCAUGAACCACAUGGAGUUUGUACGCCGUGGGCCGGGCGAGUUUCCAUCAUCAGCAGCAGCAGCAGCAUCGUCGCCCUCUCGAGUCGUCCCACCGACAGAGCCGACCGGAGCGAUGGACAAGCUGGUGGAGUGCGUGCCCAACUUCUCGGAGGGCAGAGACCAGGAGGUGAUCGAGGCGAUCGCCGAGGCCAUCCGGCGCACGCCGGGAUGCCGGCUGCUGGACGUGGACCCCGGGGAGUCGUCGCACCGCACCGUCUAUACCUUCGUGGCACCACCCGGCGCCGCCGUGGAAGGGGCCCUCAAUGCCGCCCGCGUCGCGUUCCAGAAGAUCGACAUGCGGAGGCACCGCGGCGAGCACCCCCGGCUGGGCGCGCUGGACGUGUGCCCCUUUGUGCCGGUGCGCGGCGUCACCGUGUCGGAGUGCGUACGCUGCGCCGAGGAGUUCUCGGAGCGGCUCGCCGAGGAGCUGCAUGUGCCCGUGUACUUGUAUGGAGAAGCAGCCAGAAAGGACAAUCGGAAGGCCCUUCCCAGCAUCCGCGCUGGAGAGUACGAGAAGCUGGGAGACAAGCUGAAGGACCCGGCCUGGGCACCGGACUAUGGACCCGCGACGCUGGUGCCAUCGUGGGGGGCGACCGUCGCCGGCACCAGAAAGUUCCUCGUCGCAUUCAACAUCAACGUUCUGGGCACCAAGGAGCAGGCGCACCGCAUCGCGCUCAACCUGCGAGAACAGGGCCGGGGGCCCAGCCAGCCCGGGCGUCUGCGCUGCGUACAGGCCAUCGGGUGGUACCUGGAGGAGCAAGACCUGGCCCAGGUGUCUACCAACAUCCUGGACCACGAGGUGACACCCAUGCACGAGGUCUACGAGGAGGUGUGCAAAGAUGCCAAGGAGCUGUGCGUGGCGGCCGUGGGCUCCCAGGUGGUGGGUCUCGUGCCCCUGCAGGCCCUGCUCACCACCGCCGCCUUCUACAUGAAGCGCGACCACCUCUUCGUCCUCGAAGAGGAGAAUAAGAUCCGCCUGGUCGUGAACCGACUGGGUCUGGACUCAAUCUCCCCGUUCAACCCCAAGGAGAGGAUCAUAGAGUACAUGACGGGCGCGCUGGAGGGUGGUCCCCUGUGCUCGCUGCCUCUGCACCGGUUCAUCCGCAGCGUCGGGUCGCGCUCUCCCGCGCCGGGCGGCGGCUCCGUGGCGGCGGCCGUGGCUUCCAUGGGCGCGGCGCUGGGCUCCAUGGUGGGGCUCAUGACGUACGGAAAGCGGCAGUUCGAGGAGGUGGACGAGGUGGUGCGACGAGCUACGGCUCCUCUGCACGACGCCAUGGGACUCCUCUCCCUUGCCGUGGACGCUGACGCCUGCGCCUUUAACCGCUACAUGGCAGCUCUCAAGUUACCCCGGGGCACGGAGAAGGAGCGCGAACGGCGGAACGAGGAGGUGCAGGCAGCGCUGGCCGAGGCGGUGGCGGUGCCGCUGUCCGUGGCGGAGCGCGUCGACGGCACGUGGCCUUUCAUGCUGGAGCUGGCGGCACACGGCAACUACGCCUGCAGAUCCGACGUGCAGGUGGGGGUCAAGGCGCUGGAGCUGGGCGUGGAGGGUGCCUACUACAACGUGCUCAUCAACCUCCCCGACAUCCACAGCGAGUCCUUUAAGACAAAGGUGAGAGAGAAGAUGGAGCGGCUGCUCGCCCGUGCUCGUGAAAAUUCCGCCCAUAUCCUGGACGUGGUGUCAAGCCGAGAGCCAUCCUCGCUCAAGUGACUUGGGACGGUCGUGGUGCUCGGGCAGUUUGGGGGGGG